CAAACAUGCCUGUGUCAAGCAGCUCCUACAAACCUGUGAGCCAUGUCAUUUUCGACAUGGAUGGAUUAUUAUUAGACACAGAGCGGCUGUACACUGUGUCCUUCCAGGAAAUAUGUGACAGGUUUGGAAAACAGUACACAUGGGAGGUGAAGUCAACAGUGAUGGGUAAAAAUGCUUUGGCUGCUUCCCAAAUUAUCCGGGACACUCUGGAGCUUCCCAUGACAGCAGAGGAACUCCUCGCUGAAAGCAGACAAAUACAAGAAAGGAUAUUUCCCUCUGCUCAACUCAUGCCAGGUGUGGAGAAGCUGAUAAACCACCUGCAGAAACACAGCAUCCCCACAGCGGUGGCGACCAGCUCGGCAGGCGUCACCUUCGAUAUGAAGACGAGCCAACACGAAGCCUUCUUCUCUGGGUUCGACCACAUCGUCCUGGGAGACGAUCCUGACGUGAAGAACAGCAAACCCCAACCUGACUCCUUCCUGGUCUGUGCCAGCAGAUUCAAGCCUCCAGCCUCCCCAGAGACUUGCCUGGUGUUUGAAGAUGCUCCCAACGGUGUGAGGGCGGGGCUGGCUGCCGGGAUGCAGGUGGUGAUGAUUCCUGAUGACAACCUAGACCCGGCCCUUACCCAGGAGGCCACGCUGCGGCUGAGGAGCAUGGAGGAGUUUGAGCCGCAGCUUUUCGGACUGCCGGCGUACGACUAAAGCCCAGGAACCCAACCUGGAACCGCAGCUACGCUAAUUAGCCUCUAGGGGGAAACAAGUACGCUGGACUGGGAACCCCAGCUGAUUGUUUUCCUGCAUGGCUCAUCAUGUUGCGGGGCAUAUUGAUGUUUUUUUUUGUUGCUGUCAGUUAAUGACAUUUGAUUUUUUUCUGCUUUUGUUUUGUGUUGGAUGAGACAUCACAUCAUUAGUCGAACCCUCAAAGCUGUUGCAUCUCAGGCUGGUUUAUCAGCACUUUAUAUCCUCACUCCUGUUUGAAAGCUUCGUCCAUGUGUCACACUGAUUUUAUCUCUAGAUAUUCCUCCACCUCAGUACAAUGAAGGUAAAAGGAAUAAAGAUUUGUCUCUUAGAACAUCAAACCUCAGAACUGGAUGUCAGGAUCAGUGUUAAGGUUUGUAUCAUGGACCUUGACUUAAGAUAUUUUUUCAUUCUGGAUUAAAAAACUAAAGCAUUAAAUGAACUCUGUACCUCACUUUGGACAGUUCAUUUUUCAGCAGAAAGUAGUUCCACUGAAAACUGUCGACAGUGAGGUCUGAGGAUUAUCUGCAGUAAUGGGGACACUGUUUCUGGACAGAUAAGGUACAGUUGAUGCUGUGAGCAACACAAACAAAGACAAACUGAGCAGUUAUCUCCAUUGUGUCGGGGUGGAGGCCGACACCUCAUGUGACACAUAAAACCUAAACUAUCUGCAGGAGUACAUACCAUUAGAGGAAGUGGAGAAAUAUGUCUGUUUUUGAUUUGUGUGAAAUUACCCUUUAAUGUAGUUUAUUCACUUUACUGUAUUUCUUUACAAGGUGCCACAAUGUCAGACUUGGAGUGUGACACAUAACCAUAGUUAUGUACUGUAUCUGCUCCAUGCCUCAGGAAGCCUCAGGGUCAGUCAUACCAGUUAAAAAUGAGCCAGACUAGAUUUUGAAAAAUUAAGGUUUUGUGUAUUUAUGUAUUAAAACAAUGCAUACAGUAUAUAUUAGGGCUGGGGGAUAUGGACAAAAUCAAAUAUCACGAUAUUUUAGACCAAAUACCUCGAUAUCGAUAUUGCAACAAUAUUGUAGAGAUGAUUCUUGAUGCUUUCACAAAACAUUUACACUAUGACAUUUUUAAUAAAUAAUCAUCAGUAAUGUGGAUACAAUGACAAAAUGGGUAAAAGGUACAAAACAGAAAAGCUUGAACAGUCUGGUAUGUUCCGAAAAUCAUAUAUUUUACUGUAAUGCAGCUUUAAAAACAGGAAAACACAACUCUGGUGACACAUCGCGAUAUUACGACAUCCAAAAUCUAAGACGAUAUCGAUAUAAUAUCAAUAUAUCGCCCAGCCCUAAUAUAUAUAUAUAUAUAUAAAAAUUAGGAUAGGGUUUUGCUUUCUGACCUGGUCUGUAAUGGUCUAAUGGUCUAAUGGUAAUGGUCCGCAUCAAGUUUGUUUGUUGCAUUGCGGUUUGCUAACCAAUCAUCACUCGCCAAGCUAUCAGCUAAAUAAAAGCAUCCAAUCAUGA